AUGUCUUCAACUCCAGAGCAGCCCUCUGGACACAUGGAGGGUCCCCCUGCAUCUGAGUCAGCCUCGUGGCCUCCGCUCCCCUGCGGGCCCUGCGUCCCCAUCAUGCUGACUCUGGCCUCCCUCGCUGCCUUCUUCCUGCUGACCACAGCUGUGUUGGCUGAACGCCUGUUCCGCCGCUCUCUCCGCGGAGCCCCCAGCAACCGUACCCCCACACUGGUCUGGCGUCCUGGAGGAGAGCUGUGGAUUGAGCCCACAGGCACCCCUCGAGAGCGCUCCGAGGACUGGUAUGGCUCUGAAGUUCCUCUGCUGAUGGACCGGACCGAAGAGCCCCCAGCCCCUGGGGGCACCUUGGAGGCCCGAGCAACAGCCCCACCUGCCCCUUCAGUCCCACAAUCCCUUCCCAACUCCUUGGUCUCCCAAACCCCAUCCCAGGCUCCAACUGGCAGUACAUUCUGGGUGCCCCAGCCCUGGGAGGAAAAAUCUCACAACCUAGGCAUGGUGAGCUGGGCUGAGCCUGAACCAAGGCCAGGGGCCAGUGUGUACUUGGUGAGUCCUCCUGCACAGAGGCAACGACCAGGCAGCCCUGAACAUGAGUGGGGUCUUCAGCCUCGGGUCACCCUGGAGCAGAUCUCAGCUUUUUGGAGGCGUGAAGGCCGGGCCAGUGUGGGGUUCUGA